AUGGAUUCUGGUUCUAAAACCACUCCAAUUAAUGAAUAUCAUGGUGAAAAAUUAAGAUUUUCAGUUGAAAAAAAUGUUCCGUCAAUAAAUUUACCUGAUGAUUUAUUUGAAGAAGCUUUAAAUCCUUGGAAGUUUUCACUUAUUGGAAGAUUAAAUUUACAAAAUACAAAGUUUAUCGAUGCUUCUAUGAUUCUCAAACAACAACGGAAACUCGUUGGGGAUUGUAAACUCAUUCCAUUAGGUAAAUAUUUUUUCACCAUCAAAUUAGAUAAUGAAACUGAUCGAAAUUAUAUCAAAGCUGGGCAAUGGGAGGUCAAUUAUCAAAUUCUCAGAGUUAGAAAAUGGGUAUCAAACUUUCGUCUUGCAAAUGUCAGAAUUUCUAAAGCUCAAGUAUGGAUUCGAUUCCCAGGUUUAGGACUUGAGUUAUGGAAAGAAAAUUUUUUAUUUGAGAUCUGUAAGGAAAUUGGAACUCCAAUCAAGAUUGAUGUAGCUACUACAAAAUGUGAAAUUGGGUAUUAUGCUAAUGUAUUGGUUGAGGUGGAUUUUACUCAAUCAAUACCUAGCAAAAUUUGGAUUAACACAAAAUAUGGAGGUUUCUUCCAGGAAGUAUUAAUUCAUAAUUGUCCAAAGUUUUGCACCACCUGCAAAAUAAUUGAUCACUCAAUUACUGAGUGUUAUGUGGAAAGGAAUAAAAACAAAACUCAUGCUCCUUCUUACAGAGAAGUUUCACACAAAAACAAAUCAUAUGAUGUUCCUUUUGAUAUAUGUGAUCCUGCUGCCAGAGAGGAAGACUCAUUAAUAAAUUCAAUUGAAACAACAACAAUUAUUAGUUCAUCAGUAGAAAUUUUUUCUCCUGAGACUGGCAGGUUUGAUUCUCUGGUGAAUGAGCAGCCAGAAGAAGAGUCAGUUAUUAUGGAAGUACCAAAAUUUUUGGAAGUAGCAGAACGAAAUUCAGUGCAGAACAGUGUUACCAAAUUUGUUAAUGGAAGUAAUGGAAAGGUGACAUAA